CCUCAGUUCUCGCGGGACAAGCAUCCUGACCAAAAGCGUCGUAGAGCCGAAUCCGAGGACGACGCCGUGUCGCGAAAUAAGAAAAACAAACUGAUAAACAAGUUAAAUAAGUUCAAAAAAUAAAUAACGAGUCAGCAGCCCUGCCGCAGAUCGGCUUUCGAGCCGUGGUAAAAUAAAUACCGCCGAAUCGGUUCGCGGCUUCUUUAUCCUCGUCUGGACCGACGUCGAUGAGACAGAUUUGACCGUUGGACGAGAGUAUCGCGGUUUUCGAGUUUGUCGUCACUGUGUCUGGACUAAGUUACUAACGGAAUAGUAGAAGACCAAGGACCGGGAAAAUGAUAACGGCAUUGCCAGUGCCCUCGGUAAAGGUUUUCCACAAAACGUACUACCAAGAAAAAUGCCCACGCAUAGGAAGUAGCCAACCCGGAAGUCCCCUGACGGAAAGCGAAGCGGUUUUGGCCCUCCUCGACAAGGAACCGCCGGAAUAUUAUUUCUGCGGAAAGGUGAAUUCUCUCCACGUUGUCGUCGGUUCUCUUUUGCUCGGAGCCGUCGUCCUGGUCGUCGGUCUCGUCCAGCUUGCGCCUGGAGCAGAAGCAGCGCAGAAUUCGGCGGCCCUUAUAGCAGCGGGCUGCGGCCUUUUGGUCGUUGGAGUGCUUUUGGCACCCCUCAGAGCGUUGUGCAUAAGGCGGCAGAAGGCCGCCCACAAAGACGGCGCGCAUCAACGCAGCGUUACCAGUAUAGACAUGCUCUUGGCACAGCAUAGAGAUUUCACGGUCCUGAUGCCCGACGAGCUGGAAGAUCUGGUUGGCCGACCGACCGCUGCUUUGGAGAGCAAAAUUCGUAAGCAGGGUCACAACACCUAGGCCUCGGUAACGCCGUCGGACGGUUCACCCGGAAGCGAAACACCCUCAUCCCCGCAACAGCCGAAAUCACCACCGAAAAUUAACCACCAUAUCGUUAACGCGACGAAUUACACGCACUCGCACAACAUGCGUAAGCACAGCCUCGUCUAGAUACUGGACGUUCAUCCACCCACCCUCCACAUAUUAUACGGCCGAUCGUCGAUGUAAGUCCCAAUGUAAAUUGCCCGCCUAAGCAUGUCAUCGUCAAAAAAUCACGCUGUCGCGAACUUUCUCAUUAAAUUUUGUAAUUUGGUUAUUUAUUUUUAUCUACUUUUUCUUACCUACUUCCUUUUUUAUUCACACUUUUAUUUAUUUAUUUAUUUAUUUUUUCUCUCUCUUCCGAUUUUCUUCGCAACUGUUUUUUUUUUUUUUUUUUGACCUCGGUACAACAAUUUUUGUCAACGAGCAUUGAAAUUGAUAUACAUAUUAUAUGCAUAAAAUCGUUAAAGAUGUGAUUAUGUUGAUGACGAAAAAAAAAAAUUUGACUCUUUGAUCGAUGAUUGUGUUGAUAUUGAAAAAAAAAAAAAAAUGGAAUGAAAUUGUAAAGAUUUGUAUAUUCCUUUUCUUUCUAGUGUUUUCUGUCUUUUUUUAAUUCGUGAAUGAUCCCCUGUACCGAGUUUGAAUUACAGCAUAUUAUUAAUAUAUAACAAUAGACAAUUGUGAAUGUAUAGAAUAACAUUAUGUAUAAGAUAUCAUGAAUUUUAGCGAUUAAACGUUUUUUCUAUAUCAUUCUAAAGGAAAUGAAUUCGGUAUUUGCACAUAAGUAUAUAAUAUAUAUAUAUAUAUAUAUACACAGACAUGUAGGGUAGACCCAAAACAAUGAGACCGAUUUGAAACGUGAAUAAAAUUCGAACGCGUUGACCGAUUUUCGAAAACUUUAUUUUUCUUAAAACUAGAAAAAUGAAUCAUUCAUGUCGCGUUUGAAAAUCUGAAAAAUCUUUAUUCACUGCUGAGAUGCACGCUCUUGAAAAUCGGCUUUUGAAAAAAUUGCUGGGAGACUGAAAAAAAAUAAUAAUAUUAAAUAAUGUUCAAUUUCAUAUGGAUAUUGAGUUGAACAUUCUCUGAUAUUAUUUUUUCUUUUUUCAGUCUCCAAGCGAUUUUUUCAAAACCCGAUAUCCAAACGCGAAAUAAAAGAUUCGUUCUUCUACUUUCGAGGAAAAGAAAGUUCGCGAAAAUCGGUCAAAGCGUUUUGAUUUUAUUCACGUUUCAAAUCGGUCCCGUGUUCUUGACCCACCCUGUACAUAGGUGCGUAUAUUGCGAGCAGCUGUUGUGAGAAUACCGCAAAUGGAUGAAUUUUAAAUGUCGGCGAUUAGAAGAUAACGUGAAUGACGUGAUUAAAAGUAGGUACAGGUAUAAUAACACAUCAGAUAUAUACAAAGUCACACACGUAACAAACGUAAAUACGUUCAUACAUAUAAUAUAGCUUUUGUUACAUGCGUAGGGUGAGAAUGAAUGAGAAAGUAAAUAAAUAAACCAACGGUGUUACACGUACGACGGAAAAAAAAAAAAAAUGAAAAAAAAUAAAUAAAUAAAAAAAGAGGAAGACAAAAAAUUUCCAUACGCAACCGCGUAUAAAGAGACGUCGUCGGUUUGAUUAUCGUAGGUCAUGUACAAAAAUACAUAAGUCAGGCUCACCUCUCUCCGUAGGGAAAUUAAGUAUGGAGGAUAAGAAUUUUUCGUUAAAGUAUAUAAAUAUCUCAAGUAAUUUUGCAUCGUGCUUAAAUAUUUUGUAAAUCUUAUUUACAUUAUAUAUAUGUAUAUAUAUUAUAUAUACGUACCUGUAUAACAUGUAAUUUUGUCGUUGUGUGAAAUUGCUGGUCAAUUUCGUGUUACCCUUGCCCCAUUAGCACUGAAAACAAACAAAAAAUAAAAAGGUUAAUCAUUUUACCUUCCAUUCGAACGGAAUAUAUGAUUAAUCUGUAUUAUUUCGCUUAUACGCGUAACUCGAUAUUAUACCUCCUAUAUAUUUAUAUUUUUAGCUUCAAUAUUUUCUAAUUUCUUUGUUUUUUAUACAAUUAAGCAAACUUGCCUUGCGCGACCCAUAAUAAUUAUACGAUGUCCAAGUGAGGUUGAAAUUAUAUUACGUAUAGAACGCAUAAUUCUAACUACGAACAGAAGAUAAAAAAAAAAAAAAAGAAAGAAAGAAAAAAAAAAAACUUCCUCCACAUUUAUAAAAGUCGAGAGAAACAUUUCAUUAGUUGAAUUGAAUUCGCAUGACUGUCCAAGUUAUGCACGUAACGUGUAUAAAACGUGUUAUACAAUGCAAUGACACAUGCGCACAUAAUACAUAUGUUAUCGCUCUACAUGUCUGUCUGUCGGUAUUAUCGAAAGAAAGAAUUAGUCUACUCAAUAAGAAUUUGAAAAUAAAAAAAAAAAAAAAGAAAAUGAACAAAAAAAAAAACUAAAAAGGACAUCGGACAUCCUUCCAAAAAAAAAAAUGUGUAAGAAAAAGAUGAACGAUAAAAAAGAUGUUGAAAAAUCCUUACCAAAAGUAUAUUCAAAAGUUGAAAUUUCGGAUUGGCCAAACUGAGCUGCCAAAGAAAAAAAAAUAAUAAGGAAAAACAAUUAAAUAAAAAGAAUAAACAAAUUUUUCGAGUAAAAAGGAAGAACAAAAAAAAAAACAAAAAAAUCAGUACCAUGCUACGAAAUUAUUGUAACAUCAUCAACAUCCUAGUGUAUAAUCAACAAUUUGGAAAAGUUUGUAAAUAAAACGAUUAAGGUUCUUUGUCGUUGUACAACGAUUACAAAACUGAUAUAAAUCAAAUUGAAUUCGAAACAAUUUGAAGAAUUGAAAAAUAUGAUUAAUACGAGAAAUUCAAAAUUUAAUCAUCUUUGACUGAUGAAUAAAGAAUUCGUUCAAAUCGGUAUACCAAAAAAAAUUGAAUCAGUUUUAAUAAAUUGAUACUGAAACUUGAUGAAAGUAUUAUCAUUGUCACGUAAUAUUAUUGUCAAAAAAUCAACCUAUCAAAAAUUAACGUAUUAUGUAUGUAUAUAAGAAAAGAAAAGGGAAACAAUUGAGAAAAACAAAAAAACAAAAAAAAAAAAAAAGAAGAAAUAAAUUAAACGCUGGUGUCGUUUUAAUCUAGUUCAUACGAAUACGUGAUUAUUUUAAAGAGAAAUGUGAUAAAACGCCUAUUAAAGUUAUUAUUGUUAUUAUUACCAUAGUUUUUGUUGUUAGUAUUAUUGUAAUUACACGCUUACGCCGAUAUCAUGAUAUUAUCGUUAUCGUUAUUAUCCGUUAGAAGUGCGAAUUCUUUGAAAAAGUUGGCAAGUUUCUGAUUUUUGCUUGCCUUUUGUCUCUAUUUAAUGAGUCGAAAUUUCGUUAUUCAAAUCACCUAUUCACACUCUGAAGUUUGAUCGAAAAAUAUCGAAGGAGGCAUAAUCAAAGAAUACAAAGUCUAAUAGCUUCAGAUUCAAAUAUCAACGGAUGUAAGUUUGAACAAUAAUUUUUCCUGAAUAAAUAACCUCGUGAUAAAAAAAAAAAAGUGAACGCAGAAGACAAAAAUACGCAAUAAAUGAAGAGAAAUUGAGGAAUAAAAUUACUUAUCAAAUUUUGGAACCGUUGAUUAUAAACAUUUUAACGCCACGUAUAAAUUGCACGCCAUGUACUCGAGUACAUGCGUUACAUGUGUUGGAUCAAUUUUCAAAAAUUGCAAUAAUACACGCAUAUAGAAACAUAACAAGGAAGCGAAAAUCGGUGACAAUGAAUUUCCGCACACGACGCUUUGCAGGAUGAAAAAAACACAUAGAGAAAGAAGCACGUUAUCCAUGAUGCUUCGAAAAUGAAACAUAAGUAAAAUGUUAGUCGUAAACUCUAACUAUACGUAUAUUCCUAUAUAAUACAGAUACAAUAGCUGAUAAAAAUUUCAACCGAAAUAUCUGUUCGUACAUGCUUACAUAGUUAAAUUACUAUCAUUGCGUUACACGAUGAGAAAAAAAUUACUUAACUUUGAAGGAUUGAAAAAAUCAAUCAUGUGUUUGCCUUAAUCGUCGAAGGGGAAUGAAAUAGAGAGAUAAAUAAAUAAAAAAAAAAAGAAACACAGAAAUAAAUUUGCUAGUCUCGUUAUCUGUUGAGCUUUCUUAUUAAAGAAAGAGUUGAAAAUUAAAAAACAGAACGAGAAUAGAAGUAUAAGUAAAAUUCAAAGUGUAACGCAACGCAAUGAAAGAAAUCACCCGCCACACUGUUGUUCCGCCAGGAAAUAAGAAAUAUUUUUUUAUCGUCAGAUUAGUUACUCGAUGCGUUACGGUACAGAGAGGCGAAAAGAUAAACAUAAAAAUGAAGAGGAAAAAAAUGAUAAAAAAAUUGAAACCGUCGAAUGGAGUAUUUAAUUGAUUUAAAGUUUAAGCAUAUGAAUUUCAAAAGAUGUAUACUACAACUCAGUAUACAUAUUAUUGUAAUAUUAAAUAUAUCAGAGUAAUCAUCAAUCGUAGAAAUCUCUUUUCGAAGAUUUUGUUUCACACAAUACGAUAUUAAAACGUAACAGCGUAUUGAACGUAUGAAAACAUAUGCGCAGAAGAUAAAUACGAUUCGUAUAAUUAUACCGAUAUGCCAUAUAUUUACCAUACGAGAGAAAUUUUCACGUUGGCUAUAACAAGUAUAUAAGUAUAAUUAUAACACGUAUGAUAAUACACCUAAAUGCAGAAGCCUUUGACAAACAUAUAAUAUACAUACUUAUAAAUGAAAAUGCGAGAGAGAUAAUUAUUAGUAUUAAAAAUAAAAUAAAAUAAUAACAUUGUAAUAGAUGAAUCAUACAUAGCUUAAUAAAAUUGAAAAAGAAAAAGAAAAAAAAAAAAAAAAGAAACAACCAUCCCAAGGUACAGGCAUACUCUUUGCGUACAUCGUGUACGUGUAACAAAUGAGUUAUCGCAGACUUUAAUUAUUAAUAACAAUAGUAAUAUAGUAUAAUAAGUAUAUAACGUCAUUCAGCGCACACAUUUACCUUGUAAAACGGUACUUAUGACGGUGUUCUAUGAAACGGGAAUUUUUCAAACAAUAAAAAAAAAUGCCAAGGCGGGAUUUUUUUGUUUCCUUGAUUAUUCUUUCAAUUUACAAACAAAUCUAAGCUUGUGUAGGCUUCGUCGCUGAUUGAAAAAAUUCACACGUAGGUAGGCGUAUGAUUUACGAAGAGUUUUUGGUUGGGUUGCGGCAUCGGUUGGGUCGGAUCGAUUUAUCGGAAAUUACCAAGGUGUAAAUUCGUCGUACGCUCGAGUUAACGUUAUUGCUUACCACCUACAUGCGCACCGACAUUUUUCAUCCAUUACACGUUGUAGUUGUGGUGAAUUUGGAAUAUCUGGCGGGGGACCAAAAUCAAUUCGAUAUAUUUAUACAAGUGUGUACAUCGAUAUCGUCGCAUCAGGACAUUGUACAUACGUGCAUUGAGUAAUACACGCUGCCGGUAAAAAAAAAAUGCUGUAUAGAAUCGCGUGCAGGCGUUGUAAAUUACAUUUUAUUCAUUUACAAGUCGUUUGAAGCAAACAAUUUUAAUCCUCAUGGAACACCAUCAUACCUUCCGAGCCAUGUACAUAUACAUGAUAUGUUAUACAUAUAAUGGAUAAGAAUAAAAAUUGAGAGUUUUUAAUGCCAAAUGAUGUAGUAAUUGGAGAGAGAGAGAGAGAGAGA